GUUCGGGCGGGGAGGGGAGGGCGCGGGAGAGCGCGCGUUGCCUGAGCCGGCCCGGGAGCGGCCGAGCAGAGUGCGGGGCGGCGGCGCGAUGGCUCCGGCUGGGGACCGCGAAGGCUACUGGGGCCCCACGACCUCCACCUUGGACUGGUGUGAGGAGAACUAUGCGGUGACCCUGUUCAUCGCCGAGUUCUGGAAUACAGUGAGUAAUCUGAUUAUGAUCAUACCUCCAAUUUUUGGUGCAAUUCAGAGCAUUAGAGAUGGACUGGAAAAACGGUAUAUUGCUGCUUAUUUAGCACUCACAGUGGUAGGGAUGGGAUCCUGGUGUUUCCACAUGACUCUGAAAUAUGAAAUGCAGCUGUUGGAUGAGCUCCCCAUGAUUUACAGCUGCUGCAUAUUUGUAUACUGCAUGUUUGAAUGUUUCAAGACAAAGAGCUCAAUAAACUACCAUCUGCUUUUUACCCUAGCUCUAUUCAGUUUAAUAGUAACCACGAUUUACCUAAAAGUAAAAGAGCCUAUAUUCCAUCAGGUCAUGUAUGGAAUGUUGGUCUUUACAUUAGUACUUCGUUCUAUUUAUAUUGUCACAUGGGUUUAUCCAUGGCUUAGAGGACUAGGUUAUACAUCCUUGACUAUCUUCUUAUUGGGAUUUUUAUUGUGGAAUGUAGAUAACAUCUUUUGUGAUUCACUAAGGAACUUUCGAAAGAGAGCACCUCCUAUCCUAGGUGUUACAACACAGUUUCAUGCAUGGUGGCAUAUUUUAACUGGCCUGGGUUCUUAUCUUCACAUCCUUUUCAGUUUAUAUACAAGAACACUUUACCUAAAAUGCAGGCCAAAAGUGAAGUUUCUCUUUGGGAUCUGGCCAAUGGUCAUGUUUGAACCUCAGAGGAAACACUGAUGAAUUAUUCUACCAAGAAAACAAAAAGCACCUAUGGUCCGUCGUUCUGCCAAGAUGGUCAAGAAGUUCCCAAAGACUUGCACAUUCAAAGAUGCCAUGCCCAUCACAAGAAAUGUGACUCGGCCACACAGAGAAUGAGCAAUCAGUCUGUUGGGUGGUCAGCUCCUGGCUUUAUCUCAUUUGUCCUCGACCUAAGAUGCUUACAGAGAAACAGAUGGGGUGUAUAUUUGUAUUCUGGAAUGGUGGAAAAGUUGGGCUUUUCUUAACAGAUUAACAGUUUGUGCUGGUCAUCCAUGGAAAAAUUAAUAUUUUUUAUUUUCUUUUUUUUACAAGAGUUGCAUGUUAAUUAUAUCUUUCUUAAUUUUUGAUUAAAUAUUGAACAAAGUCAUUAAGGACUAGAAAAAUCCCAUAUCCAGAUGGUUGACUCUGAGCCAGCACUUAGCUGUGUCAGCUUUGAUUUAUAUUAUUAUAUUAACCUCACAAAUGGUUUUCCAUUAUUAAAAAGA